AGCUACUGCGCCUGCGGGCGGCAGCGGCGAGGGCGGUUGUGCCCCUCACGCUGCUGCCGGCGGCGGCUGCACCAGCAGCAGCAGCAGAAGCCACGGCAGCGGCGGCGAUGGCGGUUGGGGGGCGGCUUGCGGCUUUGCCAGCGGAGCCUGCAGCGCCGCAGGGAGUAACGGCAGCGGCGGUGCAGCAGCAGCAGCUGAUGUUGCCGGGGGUGGUGCUGGUGCUGGUGGUGGUGAAGCCAACCGCGAUUGCGCUACCGCUACCGCUGCUGGUGCUACCGCUGCUGCUGCUGGUGGUGGCGGCACUGGUGGCGUGGCAUGCAUACCGGAGGGGUCGGCGCGGACCCAGGCGCAUGAGGACGCGGAGGAGGCGGUGAAGUGCAUUCGGCACUUCCUGGACUCGCGGUUGGGGCUGAGCUUCUGGCGGGUGUUCCUGGAUGAGGGCAUGCGCGGCGCCGACGGCCGCCCCGACCUCCUGCGCCUCCGUGCGCUGCGGGACGGCCACUGCGACGGCUUCGGCCUGCUCAACAUCGUGCUGCACGAGGCGGUCACUCGCCUGCAGCGCUUCCGGCAGGCGGCGGAGGAGCGGAUGGAGAAGGCGCGGCGGGCUCGGGCGGCUGCGGCAGAGGCUGAAGAAGCCUUCAGGGCUGCAUCCGCAGCGGCCGCGGGGGCCGCCGGCAGCAGCGCUAUAGCCGCAAGAGCCGCGGCGGCGGUGCAGGCGGCGGAGGCAGCCGCAGCGAAAGAGGCGGUGGAGGCGGAG